GAAAGCUAUCGUCACUUUUUCGUUUUCUGCGGUGGAGCCUAGGUCGGUUGCAGAUGGACAGAGAAUGGGGUUCGAAGCCGGGCAGCGGUGGCGCCGCCUCCGCCCAGAACGAAGCCAUCGACCGCCGCGAGCGGCUGCGGCGGCUGGCCCUCGAAACCAUCGAUCUCGCCAAAGAUCCCUAUUUUAUGCGCAACCAUCUCGGAAGCUAUGAGUGUAAGCUUUGCUUGACACUGCACAACAAUGAGGGGAACUACUUGGCGCAUACACAGGGGAAGCGGCAUCAGACCAAUUUGGCUAAGAGAGCGGCUCGUGAGGCGAAAGAGGCCCCGGCUCUGCCGCAGCCUCACAAGCGGAAGGUUGCACUCAAAAAGUCUGUGAAAAUUGGUAGGCCCGGUUACCGUGUGACAAAGCAGUUUGAUCCAGAGACAAAGCAGAGGUCUCUUCUAUUCCAGAUUGAAUAUCCUGAGAUUGAAGAUAAUACAAAGCCAAGGCACCGGUUUAUGUCAUCCUUUGAACAGAGAGUCCAACCUUUCGAUAAAAGAUAUCAAUAUCUUCUGUUUGCAGCUGAACCGUAUGAGAUCAUUUCUUUCAAGGUUCCUAGCACAGAGAUUGACAAAUCCACUCCUAAGUUCUUUUCGCACUGGGAUCCAGACUCAAAGAUGUUCACGUUGCAGUUGUACUUCAAAACAAAGCCACCAGAGGCAAACAAAAGCCAAGCCGCCCCUGCAGCUAAUGGCCCAGGGGCUCCCGGUGUUCCGCCAAGGCCUUUGCCCCCGCCACCUCAAGCUCCACCCCCACCACCGCCUCCACCUCAAGGGCCUCCAUCCGGAGCUCCAAUGGGAAAUCCUCCUAGAGGCCCGCCGCCUAUACCUGGAUCUUUGCCUCCACCACCACCUCCAAUGACAAAUGGUCCUAGGCCUAUGCCUCCAGGUGGAAGUCUACCUGCUCCGCCACCGCCACCCCUUGGUAGCGGUGCAAUGGCAAACUUCACUCCCGGUGCUCAGAUGGGAAGGCCUCCAAUGCAGCCUCCGCAAGGUUUUCCAGGGCAAUAAAUGUUGGGACUACAAACUGUCUUUUUGCACAUCGGCAGACAUGCAAUAGCUAUGUUGAUAUGCAGUGCACGUAUUUGGAGUCCGCGAUAUAGAAAUUAGUGAUUGAAUGCAAAAACCCAGAGAACUCGAAAUGAGGUUGCUUAUUCUGUUUGUAGUAUCUUUUUUUUUUUUUUUUCAACACUUUGGUACGUUGUACCAUCCUGAUUUUACUAUUUACUCGGUGAAAGGCUAGACAAAUUACAAGUUUUGUGCA